AUGCCUUGUCCAGGGUUUUCCUCAAUUCCCCCAGGUCUCUGCACGAGCUAGUCAAUCAUCUAUCUACAUUUACUUGGCGAGGCCAAGAGAGAGCGAUACGCUCUCUGACACUUCGCUGGAACCAAUUAGCUCCUCCCCCUGGUGCUCUUAUCGAGAUCACCACUCUUGAUCGAUGCGAGAAGGCGAACCGCGUCACGACGGACCUGCAAUGCCUUCUCGCGGAAUAUACGGAUGGCUUGCAGGAAAUCUUGCUCGACUUUCCGGGCGCAAUGGUGUGCUUUGAAGAUGCUGUACUCUCUCUUUCAUCCCCAUUAAAGAGGAGAGCUCUGAGACAUAUUACUAUACGGAAUGGAAAUCGUCCCGUCUUCCCGAACGCACGCCAGUUACUAUGUAGUAUUUCGUAUCUCGCAAGUGGCACGUUGCAGGUCCUCAGGAUAGAUGGCGGCUCCUCUGCGAUGGAAGGGCCAUGGGUGAGCAAGAAAUCAGGCCUCACGUUUCGGAUACCCGACGAUAAUUCCUUUGUCAGGUAUGAAAUAUUGUCAGAGCUCAAGCAUAUAGAGGUUAGGAAUCUGGCCGGGUUCGAAGAUCCACAUCUCGUAUGGCUCUGUAGUAGCAAGGAUCUUCGCCCACAGCGGGAAAUGUGGAACAAGGCUCAUCGAGGGCACACCCUAGUCCUCGAUUCCAACCCGCAUCUGACGCAAACUGGAAUAGUGACGAUAUUAAAAUUGAUUGGCGAUGGGCUCGAAACGUUGAACUUGACUCAUCUAGUCUUGGAGAAAAUGCCGGGGUAUACUCCUCCGGCUAGGAAUAACCUAUGGCGUCCUUCCUCUUGGCUAGUACCUCCGAUCGUUUUUGAGGCGGACGAGAGCCAGGGCGUGGGGCGGGUUCAAGAGGAGGAACAUUUCUGCGACGUCAUCAGGGAGCAUUGCAAAGGCUUAAGAAGGCUAGAAAUAUACACUCACUCUGUUUGUAGAAACAUAUUCUUCCCCACUCCAGACACACUGCCCCCGCAACCGCACCGGAAGGGGGGGGCCCGACUCGGGGUGGUAAGUCUACGUUUGCCGAGCAGGGAAGGGGGUGUUGAGUCUACCCUUUGCAGAAGGACUCCAGGGGCAGGUGGGGCAGAACUGUGUCUUGUAGCGGAUGAGGCUGUGGAGAAGAAUGUGGUCGACGGAUUUGUGAGAGUCCGGGGCUUCUGGAAGGGUGUUAGCAAAUUCAAGCUCAACCGACAUAGGGCGGGCAACCUUUAG